AUGAAUAAAUUUGUUAGAGUUGGUCAAUAUGUUAAAUCAAAUUAUCCACUUUAUUUAGGUAGUAAACCAAUUACAAAAACUUCAUCAAGUUUAGAAGUUAUUGAUAAAUUUACCAAUGAAAUUGCAAGUAAAAUACCAAUGGCAGAUAAAGAAAUGAUUGAACAAUCAAUUGUUAUUGCACAGAAAGCAUGUGAACCAAUGAGACAAUUAUCAGCAGCAACCAAGAAACAAAUUCUUUUAAAUAUUGCUAAUGAUCUUGAAAAGAGAGCAGAUGAAUUUGCUAAAGCAAUAGUUGUUGAAGUUGGUAAACCAUUGGUUGAUGCAAAUGCAGAAGUUGGUAGAGCAAUCGAUACAUUUACAUGUGCAGCAGAGGAAUCAAUUCGUCAAUAUGGUGAGCAGAUUCCAUUGGAUAUUUCAUCACGUAAUUUGGGUUUCCAAGGUAUAACUAAAAGAUUCCCAGUUGGUCCAAUCUCUAUGAUUGCACCAUUCAAUUUCCCUUUGAAUUUAUGUGCUCACAAGAUUGCACCAUCGAUUGCUGCUGGUUGUCCAUUCGUUUUGAAACCAUCAGAUCGUACACCAAUCAGUGCAAUGUUGUUGGGUGAACUAUUGGCAAAACAAACACCACUCCUUCCAGAGGGUGCUUUCUCAAUAUUACCAACCACCCAUCAAGAUGCUUCCAUUUUAAGUAAAGAUGAAAGAUUCAAGUUAUGUUCAUUCACUGGUUCACCAGCUAUUGGUUGGAAAAUUAAAAAUGAAGCUGGUAAGAAAAAGGUGGUUUUGGAAUUAGGUGGUGAUGCUGCUUGCAUCGUUGAUUCUGCAACUCAACAAUCAAGAUUACCAUCAAUCGCUCAACGUAUACUCUUUGGUGGUUUCUAUUCUCAAGGUCAAAGUUGUAUCUCUGUUCAAAGAGUUUUCAUUCAUGAUUCACUCUAUGAUCAAAUGAAACAACUAUUGAUUGAUGGUGCUAAACCAUUAAUUCAACGUAUGGGUGAUCCAAUGGAUCCAACCACUUUUGUUGGUCCAAUGAUCACUGAACAUGAUGCUAAACGUGUCGAAUCUUGGGUUAAUAAUGCUGUCUCCAAAGGUGCAAAUGUUUUAGUUGGUGGUAAACGUAAUGAUCAUUUCAUGCAACCAACAAUCUUGGAGAAUUUACCAUUGGAUACUGAAAUCUCUUGUAAAGAAGUAUUUGGUCCUGUAUUCUUUAUUGAAAGAUUCAAUGAUUUCAAACAAGUUGUUCAACGUGUAAACUCUUCAGAAUUUGGUUUACAAGCUGGUGUCUUUACUGAUGAUAUUCAUAAAGCCUACUACGCCUUUAACAAUAUAGAAGCUGGUGCUGUCGUUAUCAAUGAUAUCCCUUCAGUUCGUGUUGAUGCUCAACCAUACGGUGGUGUUAAAGAAUCUGGUUUCGGUCGUGAAGGUAUCAGACAUACAAUCGAAGAAUAUACUGAAUUAAAAUUAAUGAUUUUAAAAGAUAUUGGUAAAAUUUAA